AUGAAUGAGGCGGUGAACCAUGACCGUACCCACAAGGACGCGCCAUGCUCCAUCGACGCCAAGGCCGACGAUUCUCAACAGGCGGCAAAGGUGUACUCCGCAGUGUGGGUCGACACCGACACGGACACCCUGCGCGCUCGGCUCGUCGACUCAAUGCGGCACUUGCGCAGGAUGGCAUCUCGGCGGCGCCAUCGGCAGAGGAAGCGCGGGUCGAAUAACAAGUGGAGUAUCGGGCCAGCGCUGGUGGUCAUCCUCCUGCUUGUCUCCGUGGUGCAGCUGCUGUUCAUACUCUGGCUGUACUGGAGGCUCCUGAACCAAAACUAG